AUGUCUUAUCCCCGGACCUCGCGCGUGCGGAGGGCAUUGCAAGAGCGCAGUUCAGCUCACACGAAUGAAAGAUCACCAAACCGGUCGUUGCGCAUGGUGUCGGACCAGGAAGAUGUCGAUAUGUAUAGCGCGACGCCUUUCCCGACCAAGCCGGAGCAGAUCCUGCUGCCCAUACCCGGCAAAGGACAGCAAGACUACAUCUCAGACACCGGUUUUAGCUAUUCAGAUCACCACCUAGGACCGUCCACAUCUACGUACUCCUCACCGUCCUUCAGUCAAAGCACCAACAGCCCGCGAGAUCACUCCAUUGGAGAGAGUUGGGAUGUCUCAUCGACUGUUAAUACUGGCCAAUCGCCGCCAGAGCUGUGGGAUGAAGAUCCAACUUCUAGCAAGUCGUCAUUGCCAGACAUUUCGUCUGGUAAAGCGCCCGACUAUGGGUCCGACAGUUCGGAGCCGGAGUACUCUGACGACGAGAUGAUUGUGCUGCCGACAGCCACGCCAACUAUCAAGGCAGUACUUUCAGAGCCGCCCACCUCGCCAAAGUCUUCUCAAGGCUCCGGGGAGUCGAUUGGCUACUCCAGCCCAAACCUCGAGCAAAUUGGUGCUCCGUCAAGUCCCAAUUUUGUGAUGCUGGACAACUCGAGUAUGAACUUCCACCGUCCUGCCACUGCAUCCUCAGAGUCAGACCCCAGAACCAACUCGCUGUCUUCGUACAACUCACGGGGUACCGUGGUGAGACACGCCGGCGCCGCUCCCUGGAUCAACACAGCCUCAUCUGAGCAAUUGAGCUACCGCUCUCCAUCAUUUAGGUCCAGUCCACCUUGGCAAUCCGUGGCGUCCUUCCGCACAACAUCGCGUGCACCAUCAGGCAGCCGCUCGCGUUCUGCGACCUCUUCCUCGCGCAGCCUACGCUCAGCAUCUGAUCUGCAAGCAGCCAUUGACAGCGGCGUCCCAAUUCAAUACCCGCGUAUCCGCGCGCCGUCGUCGUCAAGCUCCCGCGCCGGAACUUCAGUCACUCCAGAGCGCGACUUCACGCCAGGCCCAGCCUCCGGCCGUUGGAACCCUCACCUGUCAACCGUCUCUUCAAUCUGGUCUGCAGAGGAAGUGACCAACCUCUCCGCGCAAGCGGAAAUCCCCUCAGAACCCGAGAUGGCCGAGCUAUCACCACCCCCACCAGCAGCGCUGAAGAGCGAGAAUACACGUUCUUCCGUAUGGCUCGUGGAGUCCUCAAACGACAGCGACGAAGAGCGCCUAGACAGCCUGACAAACCUCCCAGUCCGGCCAAUCUUCUCCCAAAGCCUGUCCUCCGGCUCAAAGCGAAGCAACAGUAACCGCAGUUCGAAUCGCCCAGGCACGGGUACCAGCACCAUCCUCAACAUCCUCCCCACCUGGGCAAAGGUCUACUACCUCCGCGAACCAAUGGGCCUGAACUCAACCCUGUCAAUGAUCGACGCCAGCCGGCCAUCCUCUGUCCGCCCCGGAACAUCCAACUCAAGCGCCUUCAACUUUAAUCUUAUGCCCACACCACUCAACAUCCCCAGACCACGUUCCCCAGAAAGAGAAAGACCUCGCUCCCCAGAGCGCGCGCAUGUUCCAAUCCCCCAGCGCCGCAUCGAAAGCGACCCCCGCGAUCCGCGCGCUCACUGGGUCCCAUCUCCAGAACCAGAGGAUGGUGAGUUCGUCAACCAGCGCUACAGGUUGCGCCAUAGCUGGUCACCACAUCUAUACCCAGACCGAAGGGUCCUGCAGCAUUCAACUAGUGCAUGGAAAGCCCCCUCUCUGGACUCGCGCAAUGAACCUGUCUUUGGACGGAGGAAUAUCCAGGUCUACUCUUUCUGUCUGGGCUUCCUGUUCCCUCUGGCUUGGUGUAUUGCUGCUGUUCUGCCACUGCCGCCAAAACCUAAGAUGUCGCCUGAGAUGAUGGUGAAUGAAUCCGACUCGGAUGUUGAGGCGGCGCUCGAGGCGCAGUGUAUGAAUUUGCAGCAGCGGAGCCAUGAUAAUGCCCGCUGGUGGAGGAAUCUCAAUCGGUGGAUGAUAUCGCUGGGUGUGGUGAUUACUGUUGUUAUUAUCACUCUCGCUGUUAUUGGCUCUACUACGGGCUUCUAA